AUGGCUGCUGAUCUCGAGAGACAUCUUCAGGAGCUUGUCGACACCAAGCAGAUCCCCAACGCAAGCCUCUAUGCCUGCGACGCAACGGGCGACUUCUCAUACCACAGCAUCUUCGGCUCAUCAGCCCCUUCCCCCGGGUCCCCGCCCUUCACAAAAGAUGUCUACAUCUGGGCAGCCUCGUCUACAAAGCUCUUCGUCAGCAUCGCGGUCAUGAAGCUGGUGGAGGAGGACCGACUCAAUCUCGACGACACAGUCGACGCCAUCCUCCCCGAGCUCGCCGCCCUCAAGAUUAUCGUCAACAAGCAGCCGCCCUGGGAAUACAAGGACCCCGAGAACAAAAUUACGUACCGCCAACUCCUCACGCACACCUCCGGUCUCACCUACGUCUUCCACCACCCUCAUCUCAUAGCGUGGAGGAUGCAGAACCCCAGCACAGGCGGCGAAGUGCCCAGAAGAUUCAGCGCCCCUCUCAUAUCCGAGCCAGGAACAGCAUGGGAGUACUCCUGCGGCCUGGACUGGGCCGGCCUCGCCGUGGAGAGGGUAGUCGGGACGACGCUGAACGCCUACCUGCUGGAGAUCCUGGCGCCUGCGGGCGUGGCGGCGGCCGACCUCACAUUCUUCCCGAACGAGCUGCCGCCCGCGGCGCAGAUCGCGGCGAUCGCGCGGCGCACCGAGGACGGCGGCUUCGAGCCCGGCGGCGACGAGGGCAUGCCGCCGCCGCCCGCCAAGGGCGAGCGCUUCUGCCACGGCGGGCACGGCGGGUUCGUACGCGGCGACACGACCCUGCGCGUGCUGCGCUCGCUGCUUGCUGACGACGGGAAGAUCCUCGCGCCCGCCACGGUGGCUGAGAUGCUGCGGCCGCAGCUCGACGAGCGGCAGAGGGAGUCGAUCAACAAUGGGCUUAUGUAUACUGCGCCGCCGUUCGAGCGGACUGCGUCGCGUGGGGUCAAGAGGGGCACGAUGGACCAUUCGUUGUGCGGGAAUGUUGAUGUUGAGGGACAGCCUUGGGGGAGGGGCCGGGGGACGGUCAUGUGGGGUGGCGCGCCGAAUAUCAAGUGGUUUCUUGAUCGUGAGAAGGGCCUUUGCGGGUUCUUUGGUGCGGCUUUGUUGCCUAGUGGGGACCCGACUUAUGUUGAUAUCGAGGCCGAAUUUGAGAGGACGAUUUAUGAGAUGGCUGGUAAGAAAGCGCCUGCGAGCUGA